AGAGAGAGAGAGAGAGAGAGAGAGAGGUAAGGAUAUGCAGAGCUCGUGCGGAGGAGUUGUACAGCCAGUGCGCACAGUUACGCACCAACACCAACGUCCAGGAUUGGAUCCCAGCGCGUAAAAGGAGCGGAAUUUAAUUUCCUCGCUUUCCCAGGAAAAAGGAAGAAGCUAGAUCUUCAGAGCUCAGUGGAGUCAGUUGCCAUCAAUCCGCACAGGAAUGGUGGAUCACCUGCCGCUUGGUGAGGAGACCUUCCUGUAUUAUUCCUGUUCUCCGGGGUCUGACCACAACCGUGACUCACGCCUCAUCAGCGGUGGCAACAUGGUAACUGACGCGUGCACCUACCAGCAUCACCCCCACCAAGGGGUGACGCUCUCCUCCUCGCGUUGCCUCUCAGAGGAUGACCUCAGCGACUCCUCCAGCCCUCGCUCCUCCCUCUGCUCCAGCCCCGAGUCCUCGUCGCCGGCGUCCCGCAACGUCUUCCGCUCCGGCUACGAAAGCAGGAGCAGCUGGAGCAGCGGGUGUUCCAGCUCGUCGGGGGGCGAGAGUCAGGAGAGCCUGUUGGACCUCUUGCUCUCGCAAACCUCCCUCGCCGCCUCGUCAAGCGCUGGCGCCGCCGUCUCCCUUCCCUCGUCCUCGCUUUGCGUCACCUCCCAAGCCCCGUCUACCCCUUUCGUGCCCAUGGGCCUGGCAUGGGAGUCCAAGAGAGAACAGUGGCUGAGCGUCCCUCUGCAGCAGACCAAACAGGAUUGUUUCGAGUUCCCGGUUUUCCUUGACGAGCUGCACGAUCCUGAAGCGCUCCUCUUCCAGCCAACUCUAGAAGAGAUCGAGGAGUUUUUAGAGGAGAACAUGGUGGUGGCAAUGAAGACAGAAGAGGAUGAGAGCAACGAGCCAAUGUCACCUCCUGUGUCAAUGUCAGAUAAGACAGAGGGUUCAAGGACGCUAGCGGGGGAACUUGAAUCAGCAUCACAGAACUCAGACCAGACUGUGCCCGUGGCUCUUUCGCCAUGUUCCUCUUAUUCAGAGACCAAACAUUCACCACAAGCAUUAGACAGUGACAGCUCAUUAAUGCUAGAGGAUGCUACCAGCAGUGGAACUACUUCCGCUAACUGUUGUGCUGAUGACAUCAAACAGGAGGACUGUGGGUCGUUGUCAGCAGAAAGUGCCACCAUUUCCUCAAGCGUGCCAGUAAUUCUGCAAAUCCAGCCCAUACAGGUCAAACAAGAACCAAACCCCAGUGCCAUCUCAGAUUCUGCCACCCAUCAGUCCCCAAGCUCCCAUUCCCAACCAACCGAAGCCACGUCGCAGAUAAAAAUUGCCCAGCUCCUGGUCAACAUCCAGGGGCAGACCUUUGCUUUGGUGCCUCAGCUGCUUUCACCCGCAGCCACUAACUUAAGCAAAACAGGAGGCGCCUCCGCUUCCAAGUUCGUCCGAAUCGCACCGGUGCCCAUCGCAGCGAAGCCCACCGGGCUCGGGGAAGGUGGUUUGGGUGGAGGGGCCUCGGCCGCAGGGGUCCUCGCCGGAGGUCAGCGGUACCAGAAGAGCACGGUGGCAGACCUGAUCAAAAUGCACAAGUGCUCUUUUCCCGGCUGUAACAAGAUGUACACCAAGAGCAGUCACCUCAAAGCACACCUGAGGAGACACACGGGGGAGAAACCAUUCGCUUGCACGUGGCCCGGCUGUGGAUGGAGGUUUUCUCGCUCUGACGAGCUCUCCAGACACCGCCGCUCCCACUCAGGAGUGAAACCGUACCAGUGCGUCGUCUGCGAGAAGAAGUUCGCCCGCAGCGAUCACCUGUCGAAACACCUCAAAGUCCACCGCUUUCCGCGAAGCAGCAGGACGGGACGCUCUGCAAACGGACCCCUCUGACCCUGUUCUGAACGAGUGACGCUAAACGAGAGGAGGGGGAGGGGGGGGGGAACUAUUUGUGAUGAAUGACAAGAGGAUCUGGACGGGGGGGUGACAGUCCGAACGCCUUUAAAAAGACUCUGUAAAGGGCUUUUUAAUCACUUGUGUGUUUAUGUUCAAGUGUGUGACGCACAUUUCUGGUACUGUGAUAAUUUAUUGGGUGAGGAAAAGACUGUAAAAAAAAAAGAAACUAACAAACAUCUGUUACUUGAUGCAGCGAUCUCACAGGUGGAAUAAGCUUUUUGUAUUUUUGCAAUUUUGUUCUCAAACCUUCUAGCCAAUCUGUUUUGAGGACUAGCUAUUCAGAAUAUUUUUACACUUAGAGGUGCACGUAAGCUUCGUAUCAGUGCAUUUUAUAUCACUGUGGGAUCUCUUUCAAAUACACUUUUUUUUACAUUUUUAUUAUUAUUUUAUUUUCUGGAGCCAGUAGUGAUGCUAGUAAAAUCUCUUAAAUUAUUUAAAUUUCAUCCACAAACACAUAAAAAUAGUCUUAUUGGACAUUUAGGAAGCAUUAGAGACUGUUUGUUUUCCUAGAGAUGACAGACUGGAUGCAUCAACAUUCCUUUAGUGUUGAAAAAAGGCUCUUUGACAUCUUUGAGCCUUUUAAGUUUAAAACAACUGAAAAACAAGAAUCUGGUUCAAGUUCCUGUUGAUGUUUUAUAAUUUGCACCAGCUCACGUGAAAAUUUUGCUUGUCUGCCCCAGAUGAGAGUUUAGAUAACUUUGUCUUUGUCUUUACUUUGGUUGAGACUUUUAAUUUGGGCGGAAAAAAAGCCAUAUUUUAUUAAAAAGUAAUAUUACAGUGCAGCUUUAGACGUACGACAAAAAGUCCUUAAUGCUACAGUUGAAAACUGUGUUUUCAGCUUCUGUUUUACGAGUUUGUUAUGCUGUCUUGCCAUAUUUUCUUACUUUUUGAUUGUGUUUGCUAAUCACUGCUGUCAAAUAUUGUAAACUGCAUUGUUAUGGAGCAUUAAUAAGAUGCAGGAAUUAGUAUUUUUUUAAUGAAUCAGAUGAAAGAUUUGAGUGUUUCUUUACCUGGGUGUGUGCAAAAAAAGAUAUAAUUCCAAUUUUUUUUUCUAGAUUUUCAAAAUAAAAACACUAAUACAAACUGUAGUGUGACUGACAAAUGGAGGCUUUUGGAACAAAACUAUUUAAAGUUUCUUUUUAUAUAUAAGUAAUUAAAAAGGACUGUGUCCACUUUUUAAAAAGACAGAUAAAGCUGCUUCUUUGCAUCAUUAGGAGCUUAAAACUACAAAUGACUGGAUUUUUUAUUUAACUUUAACUGAUUUGUAAUAUUUUUUCAGAUAGCCAAUUUAUAACACAUAACAGCAUAUUUGUCAGUAGAAAAAAGUUGUUUUAUGUUUAUAGAAAGUUGUAGAACCACCAAGAAAACAGCAUUUUCUGUGCUAAAUCUUGAAAGCGUCACUUCCUUCUUGUGAUGCUUUUCGACACGCUUAUUUACACUUACAGAAGUUUUUUUUUCUGCCACUGUUUCUGAGCUGAAUUAAAUAAAAUGAGUCACGGGAGAGGCAGCAGCUGCUACAGAGUGCUGAGACAGCAAUCUAUUUAUGUGCCAUAACUUUAACAUAAAUUGAAUCAGAAGGAUCGUUCAGGAUUGAAGUUUUAUUUUUGAAAAAUAAAAUGCUCAUUUGUUU